AUGGCAGUAUCCCCGUUUAUUUCUCAGCCUGCUUCAGAAGGCUCAAUGCUAGACUCUACAGUGUCCAAAGCCAAAGAGUCCGUCGCCAAGAACGCAUCGGAGCUUACAGAACAGAUAAAUGCAAGCGUGAGGCAGAAAUACGUCAAAGAUAAGAAAUUGGGUGAAGGUACCUACGCUGUCGUGUAUCUGGGGCACAUGAAAGCCGAUUUUUCCUCCCUCGUCGCAAUCAAGAAGAUCAAAGUCAACGCAGAGUAUCGAGAUGGCCUUUCGAUGGACGCGAUUCGCGAAGUAAAAUAUUUACAAGAGCUGUCUCAUCCGAACGUCAUCGCUCUUCACGAUGUAUUCUCCUCCAAAGAUCGGAAUCUGAACCUCGUGCUCGAAUUUCUGCCCCUGGGGGAUCUCGAAAUGCUGAUCAAAGAUGAGAAUAUCCAGUACGGAGUGGCUGAUAUCAAGGCCUGGAUGGGUAUGCUCGUUAGGGGCACCUGGUUCUGCCAUGAGAACUUUGUGCUGCAUCGCGAUAUCAAGCCAAACAACUUGCUGAUUGCUGCGGAUGGAGAAGUCAAGCUGGCUGAUUUUGGUUUGGCACGAUCAUUCGCAGACCCGUAUUUGAACAUGACGCAUCAAGUCAUCACACGCUGGUACAGGCCACCGGAACUUUUAUUUGGUGCUCGGCACUAUUCCACCGUGGUGGAUGUAUGGUCCAUGGGCAUGGUCUUCGCCGAGCUCUUGCUUCGCGUCCCCUUUGUUGCUGGGAGCAGCGACAUGGAUCAAAUCGCAAAGAUCAGCGAGGCCUUUGGAACGCCGACGGAGGAAAACUGGCCAGGGGUGACGAAACUGCCUAAUUAUGUACCUCCGGGAGAUCGUGUGAAUCCCCUCCAAGGACGAGAUUUCUUCCUCCGCCAAUUUCCUACGGCAGGUCCCGUUGGCGCUGAUCUUUUAAUGUCAAUGACUACUCUUGAUCCCCGGAAGCGAAGUACCGCGCGCGAGAUAUUAGGACACAACUGGUGGAAAAGCGACCCCAAACCAACCUCGAAGGAGGCUCUGCCGAGGAAAUCCGGGGGCUCGAAGAAAAUGGGCAACGAUCUUUCACGCCGAGCCGGAGAGGAAGACGACAACCGUUUCAAGAAUGCCGCUCGACAGUUGGAUUUUGGCGCCAUGGUAUGA